UCGUCAUUUACCGACUUACCAUUUUUUGCUUUUAGCGUUUGCUCUUCUUCUGGGUUCUUCAAUCUGCCGGGAAGAAAGUGCGAGCUUGGUGCCGAUGGGUCGUUCGAAAUUAGCUUCUCGUCCUGCUGAAGAAGACCUGAAUACAGGAAAAUCGAAAAGGAAAAAGAUAUCUUCGGGUCCUGAGAAUGCAGGGGCUUCAGUUUCCACCGGAAGUGAAGCUGGGAAUGAGAGGAAAGCUGGCUUUUAUUGUUGUAACUAUUGCGAUAAAGAUCUGUCUGGUUUGGUUCGUUUCAAAUGUGCUGUUUGUAUGGACUUUGACCUUUGUGUGGAAUGCUUUUCUGUCGGCGUUGAACUUAAUCGUCACAAGAACAGUCACCCAUAUCGGGUUAUGGACAAUUUGUCUUUUCCUCUUGUUACUUCUGAUUGGAAUGCCGAUGAAGAGAUACUCCUUCUUGAGGCCAUUGCCACAUACGGGUUUGGCAAUUGGAAAGAAGUUGCAGACCAUGUUGGCAGUAAGACAAAUACAGAAUGUAUUGAUCACUUCAAUUCUGCUUACAUGCAGUCACCAUGCUUUCCACUUCCGGACUUGUCCCAUACAAUUGGAAAGAGCAAAGAGGAGCUGCUUGCUAUGAGUAAAGAGAGUGCAGUCAGAACAGAAUUACCUGCACUUGUGAGGCUAUCUCCAAAAGAAGAGUUGCCUAUGUCAGCUGAAAUCAAACACGAAGCUUCAGGGAAGGACAAUGCAAUAGAUCCACCUUUGCCUGCCUUAGCUGGAGUCAAGAAGAAAGUCAAUGUACCGCAGGCUAAGGACAUCAAGUUGGAAGCUGCAAAACAACAAUCUGACAGGAGUGUCGGGGAGAAGAAACUCAGACUUCCUGGAGAGAAAGUUCCAUUAGUAACAGAGUUGUAUGGUUACAAUCUAAAGAGGGAAGAAUUUGAGAUCGAACAUGACAACGAUGCUGAGCAACUGCUCGCAGACAUGGAAUUUAAGGAUUCUGACACGGAUGCUGAGCGUGAGCAGAAGCUGCAGGUGCUUCAUAUUUACUCGAAAAGGUACACUAGUCACAGGCUUGAUGAGAGGAAGCGGAGGAAGGAAUUCGUUCUGGAAAGAAACUUGUUGUACCCUGAUCAAUAUGAGAUGAGCCUUUCAGCAGAGGAGAGAAAAAUAUAUAAAAGUUGUAAAGUCUUUGCGCGGUUCCACUCCAAAGAAGAGCACAAGGAACUGAUUAAGAAAGUCAUUGAGGAGCACCAAAUUCUCAGAAGAAUCCAGGAUCUUCAGGAAGCUAGAACUGCUGGUUGUAGGACAACAUCAGAAGCAAAUAGAUUUAUAGAAGAGAAGAGAAAGAAGGAAGCUGAAGAAAGUGUGCUGCUGCGACUAAACCAUGGUGCACCAGGCAGUAUAGCCGGUAAAACAUUAAAAAGUCCAAGAGGGUUACCCAGAAAUUUGCAGCCCUUUGGUUCUGACUCACUGCCAAAGGUCACACCUCCAAUAAUAUAUAGCGGUUUGGACACUUGGGAUGUUGAUGGUCUCCUUGGAGCUGACUUGCUCUCUGAGACCGAAAAAAAGAUGUGCAAUGAGACCAGAAUACUGCCUGUACACUAUUUGAAGAUGUUGGAUAUCUUAACAAGCGAAAUAAUGAAGGGGCAGAUAAAGAAAAAGUCUGAUGCUUAUAGCUUCUUCAAAGUAGAGCCGAGUAAAGUAGACAGAGUAUAUGAUAUGCUGGUUCAGAAGGAAAUAGGUGAGUCAACAUGACUCAUUAGCUUCAUGGUCCUAACAUAUAUUAGCCAUGUACAUAUAUAGGAAGGUGAUGUUGGUUUUGGUUCCACAUCUUAUUAGUUUUGACAACUUGACAUUGUCUGAUUGUUAUCUCCUUCGAAGGCUGUUUCAGAUCUUUUGAUACAACGCUUAAAUAUAAUGCCAAAUAUAAUGCCUAAA